UGUUUUCUAAAUCGGUCACGGGUCAAAAUUGCCAUGACAACCGUAAACUACGAGGUGGUGUGCUGAUGAAGGGACAGCGGGCGUUAGUUGGUUGACAUUAUACUUGGCAUUAUUACAAUAAUUUGCUGUUAACGUCUUCACGUUUCACAGUGAAAAGAGUAUCUAAAGAUGUCGGACGUUGGUUCAGAGGAUUUUGAAGAUGAUCAGGGCUAUCUUGCGGAAUAUGAAGGGGACCGAAACGAAGCAGGAGAGAGGCAUGGGGUCGGGAAAGCUGUGCUGCCUAAUGGAGACACCUACCAGGGAAUGUAUGAAAACGGGAAAAGGUCUGGCCAGGGCACAUAUCGGUUUAAGAAUGGGGCCAGGUAUGUCGGAGAAUAUUACCAGAACCUGAAGCACGGACAGGGUGUCUUCUAUUACCCAGAUGGAUCAAAAUAUGAAGGAAGCUGGUUUAAUGACCAACGUGAGGGCCACGGCAUCUACACGUAUCCCAAUGAAGACCAAUACUACGGGGAAUGGCUACACCACCAAAGACAUGGACAGGGCACAUACCACUACAGUGACACUGGCUCCAAAUACACAGGCACUUGGGUAAAGGGCAAGAUGGAGUCCUCAGGUGAAUUCAUCCACCUCAACCACAGAUACCAAGGGAACUUCCUUCACAACAAUCCCUCGGGUUCCGGAAAAUAUGUCUUUGAUAUAGGCUGUGAGCAGCAUGGAGAAUACCUGAAGGUGGAUCAGGAAACGGGCGAUGGUGAAGAGGUUGAUAUAAGUUCAAACAGGCUCCUGAAGUGGAUGCCAAAGACUGUCACAGGCCUAUCCCUCUGGACCCCCGUCCGAGAUCAACCCUCGGAGGGUGAAGGGCCAGUGUCUGCAGAUGAGAAAGGGAGAACUGAACAUCAAACUCCAGACCCCUGAUUUAUAGCAAGAUACACAGCUUACGCACAGCCUAAAUACUUUCUCUGUAUUUUAAUAAUAAAGAGGUAACUUUUCUU